GGGGCAUGAAGGCUGGAGUGGCUUCACCUGCUGCAGGUGCACCAGGCUCUAGGUACCUGCAACAGUGAGGACCAGCGCGGGACCCACCCGCACGCACUGCGGCGAGGAUGCUGCUUGAAAGGACCGUGCGGCUGCAGUAUGGAAGCCGCGUCGAGGCGGUGUACGUGCUCGGCACUCACCUCUGGACCGAUGUCUACAGUGCAGCCCCUGCAGGCGCCGAGACAUUCAGCCUGAAGUACUCAGAGGGUGUGCAGGUGGCGGUGGUGUGCGAUGGAGAGGCAGAAGAGGUGACCACCAAUGGCAAGCAGCGAUGGCCUCUCUCCCCCAACACUACACUGAGACUCACUAUGAGCCAGGCCAGCACUGAGGCCAGCAGCGAUAAGGUGACUGUCAGCUACUAUGUGAAGGAAGGCAAUACCCCCAUUGACCGGUCUGGACUCUUCCUCACGGCCAUUGAGAUCUCCCUGGAUGUGGAUGCAGACCGGGAUGGUGUGGUGGAAAAGAACAACCCAAAGAAGGCAUCCUGGACAUGGGGCCCUGAGGGCCAGGGUGCCAUCCUGCUGGUGAACUGUGACAGGGACACACCCUGGCUAUCCAAGGAGGACUGCAGUGAUGACAAGGUCUACAGCAAAGAAGACCUCAAGGACAUGUCCCAGAUGAUCCUUCGGACCAAAGGCCCAGACCGUCUCCCUGCAGGCUACGAGAUUGUCCUCUACAUUGCCAUGUCAGACUCGGACAAAGUGGGAGUAUUCUACGUGGAGAACCCCUUCUUCGGCCAGCGUUAUAUCCACAUCCUGGGCCGCCAGAAGCUCUACCAUGUGGUCAAGUACACAGGAGGCACCGCAGAGCUGCUAUUCUUUGUGGAAGGCCUGCGCUUCCCUGAUGGGGGCUUCCAGGGCCUGGUCUCCAUCCACGUCAGCCUGCUGGAGUACAUGGCUGAGGGAAUUCCUUUGACACCCAUCUUUACGGACACCGUGAAAUUCCGGAUUGCUCCAUGGAUCAUGACCCCCAACAUCCUCACUCCUGUGUCGGUGUUUGUGUGCUGCAUGAAGGACAAUUACCUGUUCCUGAAAGAGCUCAAGAGCCUGGUGGAAAAAACCAAGUGUGAACUGAAAGUCUGUUUCCAGUACAUAAACAAAGGUGACCGCUGGAUCCAGGAUGAAGUGGAGUUUGGCUACAUCGAGGCACCCCAUAAAAUCUUACCCGUGGUGCUGGACUCCCCUCGAGAUGGAGAACUGAAGGACUUCCCAGUGAAGCAACUCCUGGGCCCAGAUUUUGGUUAUGUGACCCGGGAGACCCUAUCUGAGUCGGUCACCAGCCUUGAUUCCUUUGGAAACCUGGAGGUCAGCCCCCCAGUGACCGUGAAUGGCAAGAAGUAUCCCCUGGGCCGGAUCCUCAUCGGAAGCAGCUUUCCUCUCUCCGGUGGCAGGAGAAUGGUCAAGGUUGUGCGGGACUUCCUGCAAGCCCAGCAGGUACAAGCACCUGUAGAGCUCUACUCUGACUGGCUCUACGUGGGACACGUGGACGAGUUCCUGAGCUUCAUCCCCAUCCCAGGCACUAAGAAAUUCCGGAUGCUCAUGGCCAGCACCUCGGCCUGCUACAAGCUCUUCCGUGAAAAACAGAAGGAGGGUCAUGGAGAGGCUAUUAUGUUCAAAGGCUUGGGUGGAAUGAGCAGCAAGAGAAUCACCAUCAACAAGAUUUUAUCCAACGAGAGCCUUGUGCAGGAAAACUUGUACUUCCAGCGCUGCCUGGACUGGAACCGAGAUAUCCUCAAGAAGGAGCUGGGGCUCUCUGAGCAGGAUAUCAUCGACCUGCCAGCUCUGUUCAAGAUCCAUAUGGAUGGCCAGGCUGUAGCCUACUUCCCCAACAUGGUGAACAUGAUCGUGCUAGACAAGGACCUGGGCAUCCCCAAGCCCUUUGGGCCGCAGAUCGAGGAGCAGUGCUGCCUGGAGACACACGUGCGUGGCCUGCUAGAGCCGCUGGGCCUCAACUGCACCUUCCUGGAUGACAUCUCCGCCUACCACAAGUACCUGGGUGAGGUGCACUGCGGCACCAACGUCCGCCGGAAGCCCUUCUCCUUCAAGUGGUGGCACAUGGAGCCCUGACAGCCCGGUGGCCCCAGCACUGCCCUCCUGCCCUGUGUUCUCCAGACCCCUCAUGCCCCGUGGAGCCUUCUCCUUCCUGAUGCCACCUGGACACCCAAUCGGGACAUCCUCCGUAGGGUGGAGGGGUGUGGGAUGCAGGGCCUUAACUUCCUCAGAAGGGCCUAGGCAUCCCCGAAGCCAGCAUAGUGGAUCUCAUCUCUGUCCUUCCUAAAAACAGCCAGGUCUCUGGCCAGCAUGUAUUAUGGACAUGAAAACUAAAAGCCCUGCCCCUGCCCCA